GUUAGUCCCCCAGAAUAUUCUGAAAUCGUGGGGAAGCAGAAUGAGAAAAGGGGAAGCCCUCCCUCCCAAGUACGCCCCCCCUGCUGCCAAACCCAGCUUCUGAGUCCCGUUUCCCCUUCUGAGAAAUCUAGAACGCUCUGGGUUCGCGCUCCGCGGUUGCCAAUUACGGCAGCUGCGCCUGGCGCUUCCCAGCUCUGAAAAGGGGCACCUCGUCAGGGGCUGUUUAAUGAAGCUCUGCAGCCUGAGAGCAGAGUCGUGGGGCGGCACCCUGCUCCUAUCAGCCACAGGGCUGAGUCAAAGCGCCUGUCAGAGAGUCAAGGGCAGCUCAGACGGCGCAGUGAGCCCCGAGCGGAGAGCGCGGGCACCGGGGCCGUGCGUACCCAAGAGGGGCUGGACCAGCGGGCGCGCUUCUUGCCGCCAUCCCGCAGCGCUGCGGCCAAAGCCAGGGGAGUCCCAGGGCAAGGUGAGUCACUGCGCUGCCCUCCGUUCCGCUGGAGCCUGGCGAAUUUCAGCACCCGCGGCUCUCGGUGACCACAGGGACCAUGUCCGCGGAGAGAAUGAACGGCAUCACGGAGGAACAGGUGGAGAUCCUGGAGUUCAACUUCAACAAAGGGAACAAGUACCCGGACUCUACCACGCUGCUCCUCAUCGCCGCCGAGGUCGGCCUCACUGAGGAACAGACCCAGAAAUGGUUCAAGGAGCGCCUGGCUCAGUGGCGGCAGUCCGAAGGACUCCCCUCAGAAUGUGGCUCUGUUACAGAUUGAGGAAGAUGACCCGGAGACCUCCAUCUUCUCCAUCCACACCAUGAAGACUGUCUGUUAUUCCUCCCCUGGGUUUAGUCAAGUUAUUUUUGUUUUGCAGUAUAGUUUUGUAUGUUCAAAUGUUAGCCACUCUGCUAUUUAACAUGUUUUAUUUUUAAAACGUACAUAACAGAAAAGAAGUUAUAUGAAGCUCUAUGCAACUUAAAUAUAACAAAUGGCUUAGCUGGGAAAGUAAUGCAAUAGGUGGGCUCGUAUUCCAUAGCUCCUGAACAGAUUAUUCCCACAGUGUGUCACUGUUUGCAGUUUACCCUUUACUUAUACCUCACAGCAAUAGCAGAGGCCUCCCACCAGUGCUUCUGCUGAAAAGAAAGAGCUGGGGGUGGGGGAAGAAUGCCUUCCAAGAGUGCUUUACAAAUUAAUUUUCCUUAUGUUCAGUUCAACUAAGUGGAUACAGUUAAGUAUUCUCAAGGCACCUAGAUUAUGAAACAGCUUCCGAGACACUGGCUGCAUUAACUUGGACAAGGCCCAAUUAGGUGGGAAGAGCCCAGAAAGUCCACAACAGUCCAAAAAAAAUACCAAUUAAAAGGAAAGCAAGAGUGGCCCUGAUUUCAUUUUAUUUAAAUGCAUGGAUUCAAUUUAUUUGGCUAAAUAAAAUAAACUUACUUUUUCCUGAAAUGA